AUGACAGCACCGGCUUUUCAAUUAUUUCCCCCACCUCGUGGGCAUCGCCAAACAAGCCCAUCCCAGAGACAUUCUCCACAUACUAAGCAUCCAUUGCCCGAGAGGUCGGACAGCGCGACUGCUGUUCACACAGAAGCUGGACCAGAAGAGAAUUUUCACAAUCUUGUCAUACAAGUCAAUUCGGUUCCUGUAUCCCCUGCGGCCCAGAUGCCGGCACCAUCAGCGCCUCCACGGGCAUACACGCGGACUCCUCCUCCAGCAAGUAGAUCUACAUUCGACUCCCCUUCGCAAAAGAGAACGCCUUCUUCACAUGUGACAAGGCAAGAGAGCUUCUACCGGGGCCAAGACACUCGAGCUCCCACGUCAGCAGCCCCAGUGCAGGAUGCUCAGCAAACUCGCGCUGCGAGUCCAGAUCCCAGCAGAGCAAUAUCCCCUGCUUUCUCCUCUGCUCCCACCCUAGUUCGUGCGAACAGUACUGCAACGAGAGUACAAAGCCUAUCUCCACAAGAAGAGGAAGGGGAAGAAGAGAUACCUAUGAGAUCCAUGUUUCCCGUCUACGACCCUACAGUACCCCUUGCCAGUCAGUCGUACAAGCCAACUCAAGCAUCUCCAACACAACUUCCUCGAACACAAAUCAGCAGAUCACCCUACUCUCCAGACUCUUACAUUCCCCAUAGCAAUGUACGCUCGAGUAGCUCUUCCGCCCCUCCACCACCUCCAAGACCUUUCUUUACGCCGUCGAGCCUGCUGGACAACCUCUGGCUGGCAACAAAUGGCCAAGAAGAACCGACUGUACAGAUGUACACUCUGAGAAUGCAUCGAGCGACAGCAGCAAACCCUACAGUCACCUUUGGUACUACGCCAUCACUCCCAUUCUAUUCUUUGGCCCAGUCCAAUCUCGCCGCCGGGCAUGAGGUUCCUAGUAUAUUGAACGAGCUAUUGAUACAGCGUCACCACCCCACACAACCAAGAGUCCUCCCUAUUGCUCAUCUCGACCUCAUUGCUCCCCCUUCUCUAGAUACCGAUCUCUUCGACCCAGAACAACAAGAAACCACCACUCUGUUGACCACCAUCUAUCCAAAACUAGCGGCACUACAGGCGCUUGACGCUGCCGCAAACUCUCCUGCUGCUUCGCGUAUCGCUUUGUCGGACCCUGGCGCACAAUCACCAGCUGCACAGCGACUUGCAGAAGAUGUUCUCGCAGGAACCGCUCAACGUGAAUGUUGCGCGCUUGCAUGGACCAAGGAUGAUCCUCAACAGCAGGCGAAUCCAUGGGCCCAGCAUCUUCCCUCAGAAGGCUCAUACCACCUGCACCAUCCUACUCUCGGCUCAUUCCCAAUCUCAAUCGAAGGCGACUGCUCGAACAUUAAUGCGCCCUCCACACGACCCGUGACUGAAAUGUACAGUCACAACGCGCCCAUGACCCCAUACAUGCCAGGAAAAAAGGCCGCAUGCAUCACUCUUCUAAACCCAUACAUACUUUCUCCCACCACACCACGAACGAAUGCUUUCUCUCCUCUGCCACCGCCUCCACGACUAGACGGCAUGAACCGCCCAAUCUCAUUGACACCUUCUGAAAUGUCGGUUGGCCAACUACCCACCACCACCGAUGCCACGGCCGACGACGCAAUGCUCGCCCGACUCGACUUCGCCAACGACGCACUGAUCCUCAACGUAGCAGCCCUCACCCGCUUUGGCAACCCCUUCCUCGUCGAUGUCGUCGCGUCCACCCUCCUCGCCGUCGCCGUCGCAGAAGCCACGCGCGGCCGCAAAACCAAGAACAAAAGCCAGGAGAACUUUGAGCCUCCACCCCCCAGUUUCACCCUGACCAACCAAAAGGAAGACACGACCAAAGCCUUCAAAGACUCCUUUGUCCAAGGCUUCCAUGGGUUUGGCGGCAAAUCCUCCAAACCCAGCUCCGCGCCCCUGUCCGGUAAAAGUCUGAAGAAAUUCGCAGCCUCGAUGAGGAGUAGUGCGAGGACGAGCCGGAGCGAGAGUACGAGUUUCGACAAGGAUAUUGAACUGGCGGAGUGGUACGGUCAGGAUAAAUCGCAGAUCAAGGUCAAGGAAAGUAAAAAGGCGAACAAGGCCGAGAGACAAGACGAAGACAAGGAGAAGUUGCCGAUGAUAACACGGACGAUUAUCGGCAUGUUGACGUUUACGUUCAAGACGGUGGUUUGGGUCUUCAAGAUUGCAAUCAAGGUUGUUGCUGGUCUUGUUGUUAUGAUUACGCGGAAUCUUGGGAAGCUGUGA